GCGGCGGCCAGGCUUGAAUGAUCCAGGAGCUCGUUCAGCUCGACUUUAACCGCUUAAAGUCACGUUUCUGUCGAAGUUACGCUACAUUCACGGCGAGGGGAACAUGUCGAGGAGACGCCACAGCGACGAGAAUGACGGAGGUCAGGCCCACAAAAGGAGGAGAACAUCGGAGCCCAUUGAAAUCGAAGACCGCCUGGAGUCACUGAUCUGUCGCGUGGGGGAGAAGAGUACGUCCUCUCUGGAGAGCAACCUGGAGGGCCUCGCGGGCGUGUUGGAGGCCGAUCUCCCCAACUACAAAAACAAAAUCCUGCGCAUCUUAUGUUCUGUCGCCCGGCUCCUACCCGAGAAGCUGAGCGUGUACACGACCUUAGUCGGCCUCCUGAACGCCAGGAACUACAACUUCGGGGGCGAGUUUGUGGAGGCGAUGAUCAGACAGCUGAAGGAGACGCUGAAAAACAACUUGUACAAUGAAGCAGUUCACCUGGUGCGUUUUCUGUCAGACUUGGUCAACUGUCAUGUGAUCGCCGCGCCGUCGAUGGUGGCCAUGUUCGAAAACUUCAUCAGUGUAACUCAAGAGGAAGACGUGCCACAGGUGCGGUCGGACUGGUUUGUGUACGUCGUGCUGGCCUGUCUGCCGUGGGUCGGUAAGGAGCUUUACGAGAAGAAGGACGUCGAGAUGGACCGACUUCUCAGCCAGAUCGAAGGCUAUCUCAAGGGCCGAGUAAAGACGCACGUUCCCAUGCUGCAGGUGUGGACAGCAGAGAAGCCCCACCCACAAGAGGAGUACCUGGACUGCCUCUGGGCCCAGAUCCAGAAGCUAAAGAAAGACCGCUGGCAGGAGCGCCACAUCCUUCGUCCAUACAUCGCCUUCGACAGCGUGCUGUGCGAGGCCCUGCAACACAACCUGCCUCCCUUCACCCCACCGGGCCACAUGCCCGACGCCCAGUACCCCAUGCCCCGGGUCGUCUUCCGCAUGUUCGACUACACCGACGCCCCAGAGGGUCCCGUUAUGCCCGGCAGCCAUUCUGUGGAGAGAUUUGUCAUAGAAGAAAACCUGCACUGUAUCAUCAGGACUCACUGGAAAGAGAGGAAAACAUGUGCUGCCCAGUUACUCAGCUAUCCAGGGAAGAACAAGAUUCCACUCAACUAUCACAUCGUGGAGGUGAUCUUUGGAGAACUUUUCCAGCUGCCCUGUCCGCCUCACAUCGACGUCAUGUACACCACGUUGCUCAUCGAACUCUGCAAACUGCAGCCAGGAUCUUUGCCACAAGUCUUGGCUCAAGCCACAGAGAUGCUCUACAUGAGACUGGACACCAUGAACACCACCUGCAUAGACAGACUAAUCAACUGGUUUUCUCACCAUUUGAGCAACUUCCAGUUCAGAUGGAGCUGGGAUGACUGGUCUGACUGCUUGGCCGUGGAUAUAGACAAGCCCAAGCCCAAGUUUGUGAAAGAGGUUCUGGAGAAGUGCAUGAGACUUUCGUACCAUCAGCGGAUAGUGGACAUCGUCCCUCCAACCUUCUCAGCGCUCAUCCCAGCUGAGCCCAUCUUUGUCUACAAAUACGAAGACGAGAGCUCAUCUUCGUUACCGGGUCACAGCAUGUCCAUCACCGUCGGGAACGCCAUCAAGAACCGAGCGUCCAACGAAGAGAUCCUGACCAUCCUCAAAGAAGUGCCCAACCCCAACCAGGAAGACGAUGACGACGAGGGCGAGAGCUUCAACCCUCUGAAGAUCGACGUGUUCCUGCAGACUCUGCUCCACCUGGCUGCCAAAUCCUUCAGCCACUCCUUCAGCGCCCUUGGCAAGUUCCACGAGAUUCUGAAGAACUUGACAGAAAGCGACGAGGGCAAGCUUCACAUCCUCAAGGUGGUUUAUGAAGCGUGGAGGAAUCACCCACAGAUGAUCUCAGUGUUGGUGGACAAAAUGAUUCGGACGCAGAUCGUGGACUGCGCUGCUGUCGCCAACUGGCUCUUCUCUCAGGACAUGGCUCACGAGUUCACCAGACUUUUCGUUUGGGAAAUUCUGCACUCGACCAUCCGAAAGAUGGACAAACAUGUCCAGAAGAUCCAGCAGGAGUUGGAGGAGGCCAAGGACAAACUGGAGAAACAGCAGCAUAAGAGGAGGGACAGCGGCGACGACGAGGACAUGGACAAGGCCAGCGAGGACGAGGAGGGUCAGCUGGAGGAGCAGAUCGAGAGGCUACAGGAGAAGGUGGAGUCGGCUCAGAGCGAGCAGAAGAACCUCUUCCUCGUCAUCUUCCAGCGUUUCAUCAUGUUGUUGACGGAGCACCUGGUCCGCUGCGAGACGGGCAGCGUCGACAUCAGCACGCCCUGGUACAAAAACUGCAUCGAGCGGCUGCAGCAGAUCUUCCUCAUGCACCAUGUGACCAUCCAGCAGUACAUGGGAACCCUGGAGAACCUGCUGUUCACCGCCGAGCUCGACCCGCACAUCCUGGCCGUCUACCAGCAGUUCUGUGCCCUCCAGCUCUGAGACACACACACACACACACACUGACUGACAGACACGCAUAAUUGGUUGAGAUGAAAUGUGUACCUGUGUUCACACAGUACCUGUGCUAAACCGACACAUUAGAAACUACCAGCUCUUGCAUCAAGAAUCUCAUUACCGUUUUUUUUUUUUUUUUAUCCCUUUGUUUUGUGUUUGGUGCCAUUCGAAGUGUUAGUUUGUGACUGAGGACGACUUUCAGAGUAGGAAUUCAAACAGGAAUCCUGACAUUGAUUUGCCGUAGUGUUUCCUUUUUUUUUUUCAGUUUGUUUAUUUUUACGUCCUGCUCGUGUUCUUAUGAAUGGGUCUUUUUAAAACUCGUAUGAACUGUCUGAGUCCAGACGGAGAAACGAUCACA